AUGGCUGCCCAGAAAUUGCGUUCUCGGCUAUGCAGGCUGUCUAUAUUCUUCCUCUCGGUCCCAGCUGUUAUAUCUACUUCCACUAUUGACAAUGGCAAGCUACUCUCGGUGAAUGGCAUUAGCUACUAUAGUGGUGGAAAUGCGGUCUCCUCUUUAAUCACGUCCGUGGAAUUCAACUCCACUCAAUUUGACGACAUCGUGCCUAUCACAGUUAUUCGGACAGACGAAACCCUCCUCACGAAAAGUAGCUUGAGCGAAAUCAUUGCAAAUUAUUCCGCUACUGAUGAUGUGUUCCAGGCCGGAUUUCUUGAAACUGUCUUUCUUCUCUACGAUGGUCACGGCCGGGGUCAAAUCGACCCUACUGCCAAGCAAACUUUCAAGGACCUUGGAAGCAGUCUUUUGAUGGCGUCCCCCGCCUAUCGUCCCGAAGCGCAUAUCACACCAGCUAAGAUUCGACAUGAUCUGCCCAAGGGACCCUAUUUCUAUUCCCCGAAGACGGGCGAAUUGUACCAGGCCUUCCGCUUGUACGCUGAUCACCAACUAGCAUUCACUGAAGCUGCCCUGAGCGAUGGUGCUGGUGGCUUUAAGCCUUUACCUGCAGCUGUAUCGGGUGCCAUGACCAAAAGUGUUGCUGUGCCGUCGAGGCUUUACUAUACACCCUCAUCACAGAAGCCACUCGCAGGGCUGCGCGUGGGAAUCAAAGACAUCUUUGAUCUGAAGGGACUACGGACCAGCGGCGGUAACCGGGCCUACUAUGAUUUAUAUCCUCCGCGCAAUACCACCGGCCCCGCACUCCAGAGACUCAUCGAUGCCGGCGCUGUAGUGAUUGGUAAGAUGGGAACGGUUCAAUUUGCGAAUGGUGAUAACCCCACUGCCGACUGGGUGGAUUUCCACUGCCCCUUCAACCCACGUGGUGAUGGCUAUCAAGCACCAGGAGGAUCCUCAUCCGGACCGGGUGCGGGUAUGGCCUCCUACGACUGGUUGGAUAUUGCCAUCGGUAGCGACACCGGUGGCUCGAUGCGCAGCCCGGGAGGAAUGCAGGGCCUAUUUGCCAACAGACCCUCAACUGGAGCUGUCAAUCUCGAUAAUGUGAUUCCACUUUGCCAUGCGCUUGAUACCGCUGGUGUCUUUGCUCGUAACGCGGCGACCUGGUCGAAGGUGAUGCAUGCUUGGUAUGAGAACUUCACUGACUACACGGAAUAUCCGAAGAAGUUGUUCUACCAGAACUCGUCUUUCCCUGCUGUGAACACCACGGCCGGUGCACUUAUUGAGGAGUUUGUCGGAAAGGUGGAGAAAUUCCUUGGGGCUAAGAGGGAGUUCGUGAACAUUUCUUCUCAGUGGGAGGAAACUCAGCCAUCUGGAACAGCGGCCAUCUCCAAGUUUUUGAAUACUACUUAUGCUUCUCUUGUAUCCGUUGACCAAUAUCGUUCGUUGAGUUUACCAUUCUAUGAGGACUAUGCAGCAAAGCACGAGGGUCGCCGGCCUUUCGUGAACCCAGGUCCUUUGGCAAGAUGGGCUUGGGGUCAGGAAAAUGGCGGAGACGCUGCUUAUGACGAGGCUCUGAAGAACAAGACCGUGUUCAAAGACUGGUGGGAGACGAAGGGAUUCGGCAAGGCUGAUGAUACUACUUGCUCUGAGGGCAUUUACAUCUACCCCUACAGCAGGGGAGAGACGCAAUACCGGAAUGCUUAUUUCAGCGCCCCAUCUGCACCUCCUAUGGGUUUCUCCGAUGGUCGCAUUGCCGUCUUAGCCGGUGCUCCGGAUCUAGUUAUUCCUGUUGGCGAGAUUCCGUACAACUCCACUAUUUCACUCAAGACGGAGUACAUGCCUGUGACAAUGAGUUUUGUCGCGGCCAGAGGCUGUGAUUUGAUGCUGGUCAACCUCAUUGAAGAUAUGGAACAGGCGGGUAUUCUCAAGCCCGUGAGUACCGGGUCAAGGAUGUAUCCUGAAUGA